AUGGAAACAGUAAUCCGUGAACGUCUUGAUAGGUUCUUGGGGGAUGAUGCGUGGUGCCAGCUUUUUCCUCAGUUUAAGGUCAAGCACUUGGUGAGAAUUGCAUUCGAUCAUGCGCCUAUAAUGAUGAACACAACUAUUGUUUUUUAUCGAGGGAAAAGAAGCAAGCCGUAUUGGUUUGAAGCUUGGUGGUUAUCAAAUGCAGAAUGUGAAGAAGUGGUUGAUACGGCAUGGAAGGGUAAUGCUGAGGCUAUGGCGCAUGAAAAAGUGGCAUUGUGUUCAAGCGCUCUUACUUCAUGGGUUAAUAAGAAGUUUAGAGAUGUAAAGAAGAAAUUGAAAGAUCGUGAAAAUGAAUUAAAAGAGGCUCAAGGGGCGGUUCUGGAUGGCUUUUUACUUGAGAAAUGCAAGAGGCUUGCCCAGGAAAUUGCCGAGUUGAGGAGGAUGGAGGGAUCUUAUUGGUUUGCAAGAGCUAGAGCAAACGAGAUGAAAGACGGUGACAAAAAUACUGCUUAUUUUCAUAGAAGGGCGAGCUACAGACAAGUUCGAAACCGGAUUGAUGGUAUUUAUGACUCUACAGGCAUAUGGAGAGAGGAUGAAGAAGGAAUUAAGAGUACUGUAUCUUCUUAUUUUGAGUCUCUUUUCCACUCUGAUAAUCCCUCGGACAUAGAGGAUGCGCUGCAAGGAGUGCUGCCUCUAGUGUUGACGUAA